AUGCUCCAAUUCCGAAGCAACCACUCUGUUGUUCAGAAACGCAGUUAUGUCAGCACCUUCCUCCGGUGCAUUCAAACGCACUGCAGUGACAACAAUGGGAAACGGGAGGAUAUGAAUUACUUGCAUGUCCUUUUCAAAGCCAGCGGUUAUCCAAAGUCCUUCAUCCGCAGAUGUCUCAGUGAAGAGAAGCCAAAGUUCUGGCCCGAAAUCCCCUGCGUGAAAAGCUCUUCAGAGACGACAGAACGAGUCAUAAAAGCUUUUGGCAUCGGCGUGAAGUAUAGACCAGAAUCAAUCAUCAGGCAGCAAAUCAUGAAGCCCAAAGACCCACUGCCAGUAACCGAACAAUCAGCAGUGGUCUACUGCAUACCAUGCAAAAAGUUCGAUACGAGAUCGGAUGAACACCUUCCUGCAUUCACCCUCCCUUAUCUGACUGCCCUUAUAGAGACCAAGGAGCCAUUCCCCGACGAAGGGAUCAAGGACGAUCCCUGA